UCGUUGUCCGUUUGAUUCCACACGCGUCGCCACACCCGGAUUCCAAAUACAAAUUCCAUUCUGAUUUCCUACAAAACAUUUCGAUUCCGUCCAAUAAUAAUCUCACUCCCCCUUUUCUCACAUUCUCACAAUCCUCUGUGUGCUGUUUUUUUGUCACAUUCGAGAAUCCUAUGAAGGAAUUCGGUCGAUCGGAGCUUUUCUUUUCAGUAGAGUGAGUUCAUCGCGUGUUUCGUUCUGAUCGUACUGAUGAAUCAGGUUGAAGAAGAAUCUUUAUACCAUUCUUUAGAGGAAGAAGCAAUCGAUGUUGAUUGUCUACUUGUGGAACCUCGGUCUGACCAAGUUUCAGUAAGUAGUGUAUGGUGUUUUGAAGAAGAUAACAUUGGGAAAUGCAUAAAAACUGAAGAUGCUUCUUACAAUUUAGGUGUCCCAGAUUCAAAUAUAAACGUGGAAGGUGUAGAUACAACAAAGCUUAAUGCACUUGAUGUUUUACCACAUGAAGUUGGAGUAGAAAAUCUCCUAACAUCAAAUGGAAUCUCUCCUUGUGAUGAUUAUCUCAUAGAUAUUGGAUACGUUGACCAUGGUGCUUGUAUAGACUAUGUUUCCAAUGAACCUUUGCAUGUCGGAAACUCUAGCUCGGAAUCGCCGUUUCCAAUGUUCCGCAACAAGGGCAAUUUCGGAAUACAAAAUUCAUUGACGGAUUCCAUUCCGGAGUCCGAAUGCCAGAAUUACUUCCUUGGCAACAUUUUUGGAACCGAUUCGAAAACCGUAGAUAAAUUUGAAGAUUUUUCAAAAUCAUUCAUAGACGAGGAAGACGACGAAGGGAAUCUCCCACUCCAGUUUGCACAAACCGGAAUGGAAUUGACACCUUUUCGUCAAGAUCUAAUUACCAACUCUGCUCAAGAACAUGGUGUUGGUGGAAUCACACACAAAAGAUCAAGAAAGCCCACAAAAAGAUACAUCGAUGAGUCAUCAAAUUUGACUCUAAAGAAUUGUAAGAAAAGAAAAGAGCCUUCUUCAAUGUCUAAAGUCAAAAUGUCAACGGUUCGACGUGUCAAAAGUCAAAACGAGGUCAAACCUAAAGAAAACAUCCAAUCUUCUGAAAUCUCUUUUGGUAAAGCCAUUCAAGUACCUUUUAUCUCUCAAUGCCCAACAGAAUGUCAAAAAAUCAGUCUACCAACUACGACGGAAAACCAGAUUGAGAGUUUUUCAAGUGGGUCUGGAGAUGAUUCUGAGACUCAGAUGAUGAGAUCAAUGACAGGAAAAUGGACACAUAUCAAGAAACUACUCUUUUCAACAUCUGUUCAUAGAACGCCUGUAGAUCUAAAGGACAAAUGGCGAAAUCUUUUGAAAGCAAGUCGUGCACUAAAGGGAAGCAGGAUAGAGGAUGAGCAAAAAAGGAGUCAGCCAUGGCGUCCAUUGCCAAAAUCGAUUUUAUGUCGUGUGAGAGAAUUGGCAUCUACUUAUCCAUACCCACGAGAAGCUAAUAAUUCAAAGAUUUCAAAAUCCAAAUUUCCAAUUGUGCCCCACGUGUCAUUUUCUGAGGGAAUAAAAGGUAAUAAGGUCCCUGUUGUUUGAAAAACGUUUGUGUAUAGAAAAAAAAUAUGUACUUGAAGGAAAGUUGACAUUGAUUAGAAGCUCCAUUUGGAUACUCUAGCUUUUAAUGGAAGGAAAUAUAUAUAUAUAUAUGUAGCC